CUUGUGCUCCCAGAGCUAUAUUUUUAUAUAUUUUAUUUUUAUAGGCUAGUGCCAAACUUAUUAUUUCUACUUCCGCUUUUUGUGUAUAAAAAGUGAUGCCACGCUGUUUUAAAAACAGUUCAGUGUACAGUUGACCAGUGGUCAGUAUCAUAUCUGUCUGUGUGACAGCUGAAGAUCGUUGUGGUCUGUCAUUUAAUUAUAUUUUUAUUCCUGUACCUGGGACGGCCUGCUAUUAUUACUGCUGUGUUACUGCUUUGAGCUGCUGUUUAUAACUACUGUUGUUAGAUCUAUUCUAAUUCUAGGGAAGCUAGAAUCUAGUGUUAUUUUGUUUCUUUUUAUGCCUUGGUAAAAUUAGUUAUAUUUAUAGUCUGUUUCUCAGUUCUGUUCUUAGUGAAUAGUAAGGUACUGAGCCUAAGAAUAAGAUAUUCUGGUUUUAGUGUUAGUGUUAUGAGUGUAAUAGUUAGUGUUAGUGUUAUGAGUGUAAUAGUAGGAUAUUGUAGAUCUAGACUAGUUUAUGGUAGUGUGUUUGUGUAGAUGCAUGACGCGUAGGACGUAAUCAUCUUCUUUUUUGAAGUAACGUCUGUAUUAUAUAAGAUAAGAUAAGAUAGUGAUUUUGUUAGAUAGUUGGUUUGAUCAGUUUGUGUUAGUUAGUUUGGUUAGUUUGUUAGUGUUUGUAGUGGUGUAGAUUUAGAGGGUAGUUUAUAGUGUUUAGUGUAUAUAUUAUAUUUUAUUAUUAUUUGAUUCCAUGUAAAUAAAGUUUCAUUUUGUUUUAUUUAUCGUAAACUAAAGUUUGUUAUCUUGUUUCCAUUUAGUUUAGUUUAGUAUGUCUGGUUACUUAGGUGACUCUAGCCCCUUGGUCGUAGACUGAGGUGUCACAGAUGAGCCCACCCAGUAGCGCAAACAUCUGCCUACUGUAUAAAAUUUAAUGUUGAGCAGCAGCAAGAAUAGGCCCUCCCACUCGCGCCUGCCUGACCUGCUCACAUUUUUGGUGUCAGAAGUGGGAUCUGUGCUUGAGUGACCAGACUUGUAUUUUUUUAUUGGGAUAGAUUAGGUUUUUGUACGAGUUUAGGCAGUGAUAGGAAGUAGUGAUAGUGUAUAGUUCAGUUUUUCUUUAGGCGUUUGUUAGAGAGGUUAUUAGGCUUUAGUUUUGUUGAGUAGUUACGUAGAUGAACAGCGACUCAGCAGCAGCAGCAAGAAUGCAGCCGUCUCAGACACUGGUUGUAGUGCCAAGAACGGAGUGGAACAUUCGACGCUUCCAUGGCGAUGGCCCAGCCAGGGAAGUCGAAGAGUUCCUUCAAGAUAUGGAGAGAGCCUGGAAGUCCCAGCACAUACAGCAGCCAGAUGAGAAGUGUGAGUUCCUGAUUUCUCAUCUGGGGGAGUCAGUGAAGGCUGAGCUUGGUUUUUACCCUCAAGCAACCAGGGAGUCUCCAGAGGCACUGACCCAACUGUUACGGUCAUCCUAUGGGGAGAGGAGGAGUGUCUCUCAGCUUAUGGGAGAACUCUACCGCAUCAGUCAACGCCCAGGAGAGCUUAUUCGCUCCUACUCGCAUCGGCUACAGCAAUCGUUCAAAGCAGUGGUAGACAGACAGAGUACCCUUUCAGCAACAGUCCUUGAUGAAACUGUCCUGAGAGAUCAUUUUGUGGAAAAUCUCAACGACAGAGCCCUUAGGAGAGAUUUACUAGAGAGGUUGCUUGAACGACCAGACAUUAGCUUUUUGUCCAUAAGGGACAUAGCCAUCAGAUGGGCUAAAGAUGAACAUGUAACCUCUCAAGCCACAACCAAGGUGACAUGCAGUGAGAUAAAGAUUGAAGGCCAGCUAGCUGCGCUCUCCAAGCAAGUGGAGGAGCUUGUAGCCCAGAUUGUGCGCCUACAAUUUUCAGGGCCACAGAACUAUAGCUGUCCCCACUGCAACAACCAUCAGCCCGAUCACAUUAGCAGCAAUGUGAGACAGAUAACCUCGCAACCGGGUAGGCAACCAAAACGCACUCUUAACCAUAAGAGGCCAACGAUGAAGAACAGGAAAUGCUACACAUGUGGCAAACCUGGCCAUCUGGCAAGAAAUUGCAGGCUGCAGAACAGGUUCCAAGGUCAGCGAAAGAAGCCAGGGAACCGGGCUCACCAGCAACACCCUUCUAGAAGCAACUGCUCGAAUUGUGGAAGCCGGAACCAUUUCACCCGAGCUUGCCCUGAUGUCACUGCAGCAGUGAAUCACGUUCAGGUUGCCGCAGUGGAACAACCACAGGCAGUACAACUGCAACCUGCCCCCAAGCCAACAGAAUUGUCGAUUGAGGUGCCACAGAAUCCUAGGCGAUCCAACACUGCUCCUGAUUCAAUUGUUCGCAGAAACCAACCCGCAGUGGCAGAAAUGAUGUCGAUUCAUUCAGAAGUUGCCUCACCUGGCACUUCCAGUAAUCAUGCAGAAGAAGGUAGGGAGACAAAUCCUUUCCUACAGUUUCAUCCGGUCCAGCCAGAAUCCACCUUGCUUUCUCAUGAGGUUCCUGAGUUGCAGAAGAAAAGGAACGACCUUCUGAACAUUGGGUGCCGAGUUCUUGUCGAACAGAGAGUCAGAGGCCAGGGAAGAAUGUUCAUGCAGUAUGAACCCUCGUGUUUUGUAAUUACUGCAGUACCCAAGUAUGCUUCUGGCUGGUACAUGGUGGAGGCAGAAGACGGCAGUACUUACCGAUAUUUACGAGAGGAGGAAAUGAAGUUCGUUUCCUCACCAUACUAGCACAAUUCUUCAUUUGUAUAUUUCUAAUUUUUAUUUAAUAUGUUGGUUGCAUUCCAAUGUAUCAAGAUGUAUUAGUUUGUAAUAACUCUAUGAGUACAUGUUAUCUACAUGUGUAUUUAAAAGUUUUUUUUAAAAGCUUAGUAGUUGCUGUACCUAUAUUUGAGAAUGUACAGAAUCAAGAGUAUUUACUUGUGUUUUUAGCUGAUGAAGUGUAUAUUUUUUUGCUUUUGUCCUUGUAAAGCAAUGUAAUUUAAGUCUUGUCAUGGAGAUGUAUAUUUUUGUGUGAAAUAGAUUUUAGUGUGUAUUUUCUUUGAUGGUAGAAUAUGUCAGCAGUAUGUAUGUAAUGCAUUUUAAGUAGUUUGUUAGUAUUUUGUUUUGCGAGGACGCAAAAAUUUAAGGUGGGAUGAAUGUGAGCUUGUGCUCCCAGAGCUAUAUUUUUAUAUAUUUUAUUUUUAUAGGCUAGUGCCAAACUUAUUAUUUCUACUUCCGCUUUUUGUGUAUAAAAAGUGAUGCCACGCUGUUUUAAAAACAGUUCAGUGUACAGUUGACCAGUGGUCAGUACCAUAUCUGUCUGUGUGACAGCUGAAGAUCGUUGUGGUCUGUCAUCUAAUUAUAUUUUUAUUCCUGUACCUGGGACGGCCUGUAAGUGUAGAAAUAUUUUAUAUUUUUUUACUAGAUCUAUACUAUGUGUAAGGUAGUUAUUUUAUUUUCUACUUGGACUAUUUGUCAUAAUAGUUAACAACAUGCUGUACGGAAGAUGGCGGCAUCCAUCAGUCCUAAUAGAAUAUAGAUCUAAUAUAGUUUUGCAUUUAUGUUUUGCAGGCUAUUAUUACUGCUGUGUUACUGCUUUGAGCUGCUGUUUAUAACUACUGUUGUUAGAUCUAUUCUAAUUCUAGGGAAGCUAGAAUCUAGUGUUAUUUUGUUUCUUUUUAUGCCUUGGUAAAAUUAGUUAUAUUUAUAGUCUGUUUCUCAGUUCUGUUCUUAGUGAAUAGUAAGGUACUGAGCCUAAGAAUAAGAUAUUCUUGUUUUAGUGUUAGUGUUAUGAGUGUAAUAGUAGGAUAUUGUAGAUCUAGACUAGUUUAUGGUAGUGUGUUUGUGUAGAUCUAGGUCUAGUGUAGUAGUUGUAGUGAUUUUGUUAGAUAGUUGGUUUGAUCAGUUUGUGUUAGUUAGUUUGGUUAGUUUGUUAGUGUUUGUAGUGGUGUAGAUUUAGAGGGUAGUUUAUAGUGUUUAGUGUAUAUAUUAUAUUUUAUUAUUAUUUGAUUCCAUGUAAAUAAAGUUUCAUUUUGUUUUAUUUAUCGUAAACUAAAGUUUGUUAUCUUGUUUCCAUUUAGUUUAGUUUAGUAUGUCUGGUUACUUAGGUGACUCUAGCUCUUAAUGUUGAGCAGCAGCAAGAAUAGGCCCUUGGUCGUAGACUGAGGUGUCACAGAUGAGCCCACCCAGUAGCGCAAACAUCUGCCUACUGUAUAAAAUUUAAUGUUGAGCAGCAGCAAGAAUAGGCCCUCCCACUCGCGCC